AUGAAUAUAUUUGAGUUCAUUGGUCAUUGCAUUUUCCUUAGAUGUAUAAUUAACUUUAAUGGUCAUUAUUCCCUCAUUUUAAAUAGACAAAACAUUGAAAAUGAUAAAAAAUUGAUUAAGAAGAUGUGUAAUAAAGACAGAUUUGGCGGCAUGUAUAGGACGAACAACAAUUAUUUAUUUCAAAGAAGUAUAAAAGGAAAUAUUUGGAACGAAAAAUGGAAAAAACAAGUUUUAUGCAGAUUUACUUGUUCCAGUUUUGAGGAUGAUAAAGGGGUCGAAAUUUCCAAGGGGAGUAGUAGUAACAUGACUAAGUCGUUAAAUGAGGAUAAUCAUGAGCAAAAUGAUAAACAAAUCUGUUGUGAUGAUAAGCAAAAGACAAUAAGUUCUAUCUCAAGUGAAAAAUCAAAUGAUACAAAUAAAAAUAUAUGUACUAUAUCAUCUAAACCGUAUGAUGACAAUUUUAAAAAUUUAUCAAAAAUUUCGAAUUUUGAUAUGAAGGAGUUAAGGAAAUAUGAAAAAAUAAUAAAAAAAAAAAAAAUACAUACAAUUUUGCUAUGUGGAGGUAUAGGAAAGAGAUCUGAAUUAGUUACAUGUAAACAAUAUUUAAAACUAAAUGGCAUUCCUCUUUUUAUUUAUUCAUUUAAUUUGUUUGUAAAAUGUAAUUUUGUUAAAACGAUUAGCUUAGCUUGUGAUCCCAAAUUCUUUGUUUACGUCAUUCGGUCAAUUGAUAGGUAUAAUAAUCUCCUUUUUGAAAAAAAAAAAAAAAAGAAUUUUUUACUCAUUAACCCGGGGUCCGAGGUAGGGGAAGUAGUAGCAGGAGCAGCAGGAGCAGCAGAAGCAGCAGAAGCAGGAGCAGCAGAAGCAGAAGCAGAAGCAGAAGCAGACGCAGGAACGGAAGUGGUAAGAAUGACUAAUAAGGCAGAAAUGACAAGUGAGUCAGAAGCAGGGGCAAAACUACACACUGCUGCAGGCGGUACUAGCGCAAAUGAAAACAAAGUAUGGCAAAACGAUUAUUUCAUUUCAAACUAUUUAAAGACUAAUAAAUAUAUAAUAUAUGAUAAUGAAAAAAACAAGUGCAUUUUUAGUAUGGAGGAAUUACUUCAUGAUAUAGGAAAAAAAAACGUAGAAAUGAAAGGACAUAAUAAUACUAAAAGUAUACAGAGUGGAAAUUCGAACUACACCCAUGUUAGCGAUAGAGAUGGAGAAGGAACAAUAUAUACAUACAAAAUAAAACUAAAAUAUAUCGAUGAUAAUAGAUAUAAAUUAAUAAGAAUAGUGGAAGGGGGAAAAGAAAGACAGAAUUCUCUUUUAAACGCCUUAAAAUGGUUAGACGUACGUCUGAAUAGUCAAAUGUACAUAUACAAGUUGUUAAGAGAGUACGUACAAAAAAAAAAUGAGGGUGUCAAUUACAUUGUGUGUUUUGAGCACCCACUAAAAACGUUGCACAGGGGGGUUCUAGAAUUGGAAGAAAUGGAAGAAGUGGAAGAAGCGGAAGAAGUGGAAGAAGCGCAAGAAGUGGAAGAAGUGGAAGAAGCGGAAAAAGCGGAAGAAGCGGAAGAAGCGGAAGAAGUGGAAGAAGCGGAUGUAGAGGGUAGAGUGGAUCUUUCGGACGAUGUGAAUCAAACAAGAGGUAAUUCCGAAACAAAUAAUGGACAUCCCGUUCAACAGGGGGAAGCAGGCGAAAAAAUGUACAUUACAGAUAUACUGGUGCACGACGGAGCUCGUCCCUUUCUAUCUGAGCUGGAUUUGUUUAACUUAAUUUAUCAGUCAAGUUUAAGAAAAAACGCGAUAUUAGGUGUAAAGGCAACUGAUACAAUAAAAUUUGUUGAGGUGAAGGAACUGAAUAGUAGAAGUGGUAGUAGUAGUAGUAGUGGUAGUAGUAGUAGUAGUAGUAGUAGUAGUAGUAAUAGUAGUAGUAGCAGUAAUAGUAGUAGUAGCAGUAAUAGUAGUAGUAGCAGUAAUAGUAGUAGUAGCAGUAAUAGUAGCAUCCGCAGUAGUAACAGUAGCAGUACGUGCUGCGUACCUAUUAAAAAAACGAUAGAAAGGAAGUAUAUUUUUCAAGCUCAAACUCCACAAAUAUUUGAUAGUAAAUCAUUGUUAAGUAUUCUUGACCGCUUUACAUCAAAUGGACAAAUUGUAAAAAAUGAAAAAAAUCAUUUAGUAAAAAAUAGGAUGAUACAAUAUACUGACACUUCUUCGUUAUAUCAAAAUUUUUCAAAAAAAAAAAUUUAUGCUUUACAAUCCGUAUUUCCAAAUAUUAAAAUAACAACUCCAUCAGACGUCCUUCAUGCUUUUUUUUUCAUAAAUUAUGUCUUCAAUAACACAUACUAUAGCGAUAUUGAUGAGAACUUAUUUAAGGAAGAAUACCUGAAUGCAUGUCCAAGUUAUAUAUUAACAAAUCAGUUUAAUAAUUUUUUUUUUUAUAAUUCAUUGAAUGAAAAGCAAAGGAUGUUAUAUCAACGUUUUUACUACAAUGAAAAAAAAAAAAAAAAAAAAGACUGA